AUGAAAGAGUUUGUCGUUCAUCGCCUUCCAAAUGUACCAACAGAUCCAUGGGAAGCAUUUAUAUCUAUUUUUUUUUUCGCUUUACACUCAUAUAUAAUCAACCCUCCAAAGAAUAAAGAAAACGUGAUCCCCUCAGUUGAAGUAAAGAUAACGAGGGAAGAAGAAGGAGAAGAAGAAGGAUCAAUGACUACGAGUAGCAGUCUCUUCAAAGUCUUAUCUUCUUACAACUCCAAUGUCCUCUUAGCUGCUCUCCUCUUCCUCCUCUUAGUCGUCCUCUUCGUCUUGCUUCUCCAAUUCUACGCCCGCUUUUUCUGGUCAAACUCCGACCAAGAAUUCUUCGCCGCUCGACGCCGGCUGAGAAGAAGACGAAUCCGGAGAAGAACAGUCACAACGACAAGGAUCAUACCUCCUGUUCCACUGGGAGGUAUUGACGGUGAAGCUUCUGCUGCGGCUCCGACAAGCGAUGACAAAGGUUUGGAUUCUUCAGUCAUUUCUUCGAUUCCUCUGUUUGUUUACGAAGACGACGAAGAAGAAGAGGAAGAGGAGGAGGAGUGCGUGAUAUGUCUUGGUUUGUGGGAAGUGGGAGACUUUGGAAGAAAGUUGAGAUUUUGCGGGCAUGGGUUUCACGUUGAGUGUAUAGACAUGUGGUUGUCUUCUCAUUCUACCUGUCCUCUCUGUCGAUCCCCUGUUCUCGCCGUCUCCGAUCAAGAAAAUCUCAAGCCGGCCAUUAACGGCGACGUUGAUGGAAUAGUUGAAGCAGAAGAAGAAGAAGAAACAGAGGUUAGGCUAGAGCUACAAUUGUUUCCAACCGGAGAAGAUGAGAACGUCGUCGCCGGUGAUCGGAGACUAUCACUGUCUCUUGCUGUGAUGGAAGAAAACGCCAAAACAGGAGUUGAUGACGGCGUCGGAGAAGGAGAGGUUAGAAUUGAAGUGUUAGAUGAGGGCGGAGGAUCAAGAGGUGAUCGGAGAUCAACGUCUUCAGCAUCGAGUUCGUUGAUGAGGAUGCUGAGUAGUAGAAGUAGAUCGGAGGGUGACAAGGUGUUCCAGUCAGCGGCGACGCAAGAUUCGUCUUCAUAAAAUUAAAUAAAAAAAUACAUUAUACUUAUAAAUCUUGUCAACAAUUUUGAAAAUGGAAUAUGAAUAACUAAAAAAGCCACGUGCGGUAAAAAGAAGAUGAUGUAAUUACAAAAGUGGUAAUCUAUUUCUGAUUAAGCUUUGGU